UAUCUUGGUGAUUAGGUCAAGGGAUUAUCACAUAUGUUAAAAUCCAACAUUGAGAGGGGUAUCAUCGGAGAUGAAUCUGAAUUGUUGCAUAGAAGAAUCAUAUUUGGAGCAAAUACAUAUCCACAAAAGAAAGGGCGGAACUUUUUGGUGUUCCUGUGGGAGGCUUGCCAAGAUUUGACACUCAUCAUAUUGAUGGUUGCUGCUGUUAUUUCAUUGGUACUGGGCAUAAAAACAGAAGGCCUAAGUGAAGGAUGGUACGACGGUGGAAGCAUUGCCUUUGCUGUAAUUCUUGUUGUACUUGUUACAGCUGUCAGUGACUAUAGACAAUCCCUCCAGUUCCAGUGUCUGAAUGAGGAGAAGCGAAAUAUUCACUUGGAGGUAACUAGAAGUGGUAGAAGGAUGGAAAUUUCAAUAUUUGAUAUAGUGGUUGGUGAUAUUGUUCCACUUAAAAUUGGGGAUCAGGUUCCAGCUGAUGGUAUUCUAAUUGAUGGCCAUUCUCUUGCUAUAGAUGAAUCUAGCAUGACCGGGGAAGCCAAGAUUGUUCACAAGGACCAAAAGGCACCAUUUUUGAUGUCUGGUUGCAAGGUUGCUGAUGGCUUUGGCACCAUGUUGGUGAUUGCUGUUGGAACUAAUACUGAAUGGGGUAUGUUGAUGGCUAAUAUUUCAGAGGAUAAUGGUGAAGAAACUCCUCUGCAGGUACGAUUGAAUGGUGUUGCCACUUUAAUUGGUACAGUUGGAUUGACAGUUGCUGCUGCAGUUCUCAUUGUUCUUUGGGCUAGAUACUUCACUGGGCACACCAAAAACCCUGAUGGAACUGCUCAAUUCAUAAGGGGGCUUACAAGUGCAAAGGCUGCCAUUGAUGGUGCUGUUAAAAUCCUGACUAUUGCUGUAACCAUAGUAGUUGUUGCAGUUCCAGAAGGACUUCCAUUGGCUGUUACCUUGACUCUUGCAUACUCAAUGAGGAAGAUGAUGGCAGACAAGGCCUUGGUGAGGAGGCUUUCAGCUUGUGAAACCAUGGGAUCAGCAACAACAAUAUGCAGUGACAAAACUGGAACUUUGACACUCAAUCAGAUGACUGUAGUGGAGGCAAAUGUUGGAGGGAUGAAAUUAAGUUCUCCAGACAAUUGUGAUAUAUUGACCGAUGCUGCAUCUCACCUGCUGAUUGAAGGCAUCGCCCAGAAUACAACUGGCAAUGUGUUUGUGCCAGAAGAUGGACCUGCAGAGGUCUCUGGUUCACCUACAGAAAAGGCCAUUCUUUCUUGGGGAAUCAAGCUAGGAAUGAAAUUUGAUGUUGUGCGGGCAGCAGCAUCAAUUCUUCAUGUAGUUCCUUUCAACUCAGAGAAAAAGCAUGGUGGUGUUGCAAUAAAGGCAGAUUCCAAGAUUCAUGUGCACUGGAAAGGGGCUGCAGAACUAAUCUUAGCUGCUUGUACGAGCUGGUUUGAUGCCGAUGGUUCUAUUCGUCCAAUGACUUCAGACAAGGUGAAUGAGUUUAAAAAUUCAAUUGAAGACAUGGCAGCACUUAGCCUACGUUGUGUUGCAUUUGCAUACAGAUUAUAUGAUCUAGAUAAAAUUCCACAUGAGGACAAAAGGGACAAGUGGGAGUUGCCUGAGGAUGAACUUGUUCUACUCGCUAUAGUGGGAAUAAAGGAUCCUUGCCGUCCAGGCGUAAAAGAUGCUGUAAAUUUAUGCACUACUGCCGGUGUCAAGGUACGCAUGGUCACCGGUGAUAAUAUUCAGACAGCUAAGGCCAUCGCUUUGGAGUGUGGAAUACUUGAUACCAGUGAAGAUCUUACUGAGCCAACCAUUAUAGAGGGCAGAGCAUUCCGUGCCCUUUCUGAAACAGCAAGAGAAGCAAUUGCGGAGAAAAUUUCUGUAAUGGGAAGAUCCUCACCAAAUGACAAACUUCUACUUGUCCAAGCAUUACGGAAAAAAGGACAUGUGGUUGCAGUUACUGGGGAUGGCACUAAUGAUGCUCCAGCACUACAUGAGGCAGAUAUAGGCCUUUCAAUGGGUAUUCAGGGGACAGAAGUUGCAAAAGAGAGCUCAGACAUCAUAAUAUUAGAUGACAACUUUGCAUCUGUUGUAAAGGUUGUCCGGUGGGGCCGUUCUGUAUAUGCAAACAUUCAGAAGUUUAUUCAAUUCCAGCUAACUGUCAAUGUUGCAGCACUUGUUAUAAAUGUGGUGGCUGCAGUUUCAUCUGGAGACGUGCCUCUAAAUGCCAUUCAGCUUCUCUGGGUCAACCUAAUUAUGGACACUCUUGGAGCAUUAGCACUAGCAACGGAGCCACCCACUGACAAACUUAUGAAAAGAUCUCCUGUUGGCCGCAGGGAACCUCUGAUUACAAAUAUUAUGUGGAGAAAUUUGUUCGUACAGGCUUUAUAUCAAGUGGCAAUCUUGCUCAUUUUCAACUUUGGUGGAAGGAGUAUACUGCACUUGAAGCAUGAAACUUUGGAACAUGCUGAAAAAGUGAAGAAUACCUUUGUUUUCAAUACAUUUGUGUUCUGCCAAAUAUUCAAUGAAUUCAAUGCCCGCAAACCGGAUGAGAUAAAUAUACUCCGAGGGGUGACCAAGAGCCCUCUCUUUAUGGUGAUAAUAGGAACCACCUUCCUCCUUCAGGUUCUUAUUGUCGAGUUCCUUGGGAAGUUCACAUCGACUGUCAGGCUCGAUCCGAAGCUGUGGCUGGUCUCGGUUGCGAUCGCUCUUGUAAGUUGGCCUUUGGCAGUCCUUGGAAAGCUCAUCCCGGUUCCUGAGAUUCCUCUUGGGGUGUACCUUGCAAGAAUUUUUUGCAGGAGAAGCUCACGCUGAGAUUCCGCAAACAAGGCAAGGAGAGGCGGGGUUGGUGAAACAGACGGACACUGCUGCCUCCCGGAUGUAUGGAUGAUGGAUUCAAGUGAAAUCAUAGUCUGUCUACUCGAUUGUGGCCGUGAUGGCGGGCGGCCACAGCAAGUGCUAAUUCCUAUGGAAAAUAAUGUCUUGUUUCUCAAGAAAUAUCGUCUUCUGUUUUCACCCAAGAAACAAUUCAUAUCAUAGCCUAGUCCUUUCUAGUGCAGUAAAUUAUCAAGGCCACCACCCACCGAGGCAGAGGAUCUUGGCUACUAAACUUCAAGUUUUAAUUGGUUUUUAUUUGGUA